CCUAAGAGCACCCGAACCCUCAUAAUACCUAUUCUACCCAUCAGAAUGGCGGAUACAGCCAAUGAGCAAGGGGGGGCUGUCAUCCAAGCAGCCUUCUGCAGUAUUCAUUCACGUGAAGUCUUAGACUAUUACCGUCGACAACUAGGUCUAGGACCUUCCAAUAACUUGAUAAGCAGCGGAGCGUCCGGAGUUCCAGAAACGCAUCCCACGCAAACUGUCAAUAUUUACUAUCAUGAAAACCAGUAUACGGAUGAGUCUGUCUUGCCACCCCACAGCAUCCAGCAGAAUAAGCCAAACCAUGAUUCACAAUCAGGGGGUACAAGUGCUUCAGUAGACCAAAAUCAGCCUUCUCCGGCGCCGAGUUAUCUUGGAAACCGCUCCCUACCUCUCAACAUGAGUGCAGAUGUUCCUGAAGACGAAAACUGCAGGCUAUGGAUCACGGGGUUACCGCCAAAAUGCACUAUUUCAGAUGUACUGGGAGCAAUCCGAGGCAUCGGGCGCGUCUACUCAUUGCAUAUUAAUCCACCUGUGUAUAAUGACAAAACAGGAAAAUUCUUUCCCACAUCAGCAGCCUCGUUGACAUUCUUUACCGCAAAUGCCUGUAACAGAUUCCUACUCCUACAGUCUCAACACCCCUUCAAUGUCAAGGGCUGGCGCACCAGAGUUGUUCGGCAUCGAAUCCGCGCCAAACCCUUUCUCGUCUAUCAUCUUUCUCGAGUUCUUAUCAUCAAGGGAAGUCCAGAAAUUGUGACGCCAGAGAAUCUAACUCGGACCUUUAUAGAGCGGUGGGGUAUUCGUUUCGAUACCGAUUUUAUAGAGUAUCGGCCAGGCGAACAGUCCAAUGAGAUCAUCUGGGGGUUUGGAAGCUUCCGGGGACAAGCUCAUACAGUGCACAGCAAUAUCACAGACAAGCUAUCAGGGGUUGUCACUGUCAGUUACGGUCAAGAUCCGUGCGCAUAAUGUACUUCCCAC